ACUUUCGCUGGUUAGCUACACGAGGCCUUACCUUGACUGGUAUCCUCUGCGCAAUCACUGCAUAUAUUGUUUAUGCGGUUUUCUCUUGUUGCCGUCGAGGCAAGCGCGGAUGGGGAGUUGUUCUAGUUGACGUUUUAUGUGUGCUGUUUUCAGUCGUAUUCCUGCUUACUGGUCUAAGUUUAGCUGAAAGCCAAAUCGAAAUUAUUCAUGACCAUGGUGACUCGAUGCUUACAAAAUUGCUGCUGGACAAUCAACUUAUUCUACAAUCGGAUGUGGAUAAGGCCUUAAUUGGUUCUGAAGAUCCAAAAGAUUACCAGCAAAGUGCACAGACAGCCGAAUUCAAUCUAACCACCUUAUCACCUAGAUUCAGUUUUUACCUUCUAAUAAUUGGAGACUUUCUACUGCUUUUGUCAUUUUUAUGCAAGUUAGUUUACCUUGUAAAAUUGUGUGAAAAGGCUGAAGCUGCCAGAAAGCAGCUUCGAAAAGCUGAAAAAGUUGCAGAACAAGAUAUUUAA